GCGGAACAGAAAUAGGACCCACAACCUGCGAGCGAUGCGACCGGCGAAGGCCAAGGCGACGGACCCGACGCGGCUCAACCGGUUCUUGGACUCGCCGUCGACGUUCAACGAAGAGAGCCGCAACCGCCCGGCGACGCACACGGGCCUCGUCCAGCGCUCGUGGAAUGGCGAGAAUUGCAAUGUGACGCCGUUCGCGCGGUUGGACACACGCGGAAAGGUGAUUGUCUUGGAGAACGACAGCAUCCACACAACGGUGCUUGGCACGAAACCCGCGUUCGACCCGACAUUGCACAUUCGAUCUCUCGAAGAGAACAUUGUCGCGCGCGCCGGCGCUGUCCAGGCGGGCAAAAAUUUGGUCGUGUUGCGUCCCGAGUCGGUGCGAAACAAUGCAACGGUGGCAGAAGCGACGCUUGGUUACAACCACGUGGCCUCGGCGACGCUGCAAGAAGGCAUCAUGACGCCCGCCCAGCGCCGCGAACGCCAGCAGUUUGCGACCGCGUCCGAGAAGGCGGCAGCGCUCCAGAAGCGCGCAGAAAUGAAAGAGCGCCGCCUUGUGCAGCUCAUGCGACAUCAGUACCCCGGGGGUGUCAUGGGCCUCGAUGGACCGUCCAACCCCGACACGCAAAUUUACGGCGCGUCGGCGAACCUUCUCGACCGCCAGCAGCAGCACGAACAGCGACAGCGCAACGCGCGCGAGACCAACCUGCGCUGCAAAACGACGUCAAUACCCAAGCUCGGCUACUCGUACUUGACGCAAGACGACUCAAUCAAGCCCGCGCACGUGACCAAAGUCUGUCAAGAACGCAUCAAGUUUCCAGGGUCCCGUUUGGAUACGUAUGGACGGCUCUUUAACGAGACGCCGCCCGUGUGGCACCCCGAGCGGGCCCAGCACCUGCGCAACGAAGGCCAGGCCGGACGACCCUUCAACGUCAUCAAUGGUGGCCGCGUGGAGCACUACCCGCCGACGAUUCCAGAAAAGACGCACCUACGCGAGACACAUCCGUCCAUGAACAUCCACUCGAUAUACUACAAGGAGCACCAUUAG